GCAUACGCAUGGGUGUCCAUCAUCUUCGUCUUCAUUUCCAUAUUCUCUUUCUGCGCGGAGACACAUCCAACAUUCAAGGUCAAAGCCAAGGACGUGACCCAGUUUGCAAGAUUCUACGACUUCCUCAGCCUAGAAUCCAUCGACUGGUCCAAGUUGAUGCCCCAGAAGAAUCAAACCUCAAAACCACACACAAACUACACACACAGCUCGGAGCCUACAAAUAUUCCUACACUCGACUUCGGUCUCAGUAAAAAGACCAAUUCAAGUUCUCGGAAAAUUACCAAGAGAUCCGCAGGCAUACAUGACUACAUCCUCAACUGUAAUGCAAGAUCAGCUUUUCUUAACAUUGAAGAAAAGAAAAACAAUACAGACCUGGGCGAAAAGGAUUUGCCUCAUCCAGCCCUUCUUUUGUUGGAUCUCAUCUGCCUUACAUUCUUCACCAUGGAGUAUCUCACCCGAUUUUUGUGCUCUCCCAGUAAAACUUUUUUUGUCCGUGCGCUUCAGAAUAUUGUGGACUUCCUGGCGUUUGCUCCGGAUUAUGUCGAGUUAGUGUUUUUAAUUUCCGAUCAUCAUCAGACCGAAGGGGUAGCCAUAAUGGAGAUGCUAUUUAUUCUAAGAAUUUUGAGAUUAUGCCGAAUUUUCCGACUGAUUCGGCACGUCCCCGGUCUGUGGAUUCUCCUGUACACACUUCGGGCCAGUUUUAACGAGUUAAUGCUCAUGUGUGUCUUCCUUCUCAUAGGAAUGGUCGUCUUUGCAACCCUGGUCCACUUCGUGGAGCCAGAUGGAAUUUUCAACAACAUUCCAGUGGGAUUUUGGUGGAGCGUAGUUACUAUGACAACAGUUGGGUACGGUGAUAUGUAUCCUCAGUCACCCGCGGGAUUUUUUAUCGGUUCUUGCUGUGCUGUUGCGGGGCUGCUGAUGAUAGCAUUCACCGUUCCUAUCAUCGUCAGCAACUUUGUGCUGUACUAUACUCACGUACAGUAUGGACUUGCACGGCGAGACAGGGAAUUAGAAAGACGCCGAGAAGAGGACGAGUCCGAAUUUUUCAACAGUCGAGGCCGCAUGGAUAUAGACAGGAUGGAAUCGAUAGCUUCCCUGAUAGUGGGACUGAACGAGGAGCCUUCUAUGACACACAAUAGGCAUACCUGUGCACUUAUCACUAAUAUCUCUGAGGUACAGACUUCCAGACUCAAUGUCGAGUCGUUGACACUAGAUACAGAUGGUCAAACGUAA